AUGAAGAGAAAGAAUACCGGAAGACAGCAGAAAACGAUUGUUGACUCAGACCUGGACUUGGAGGCACAGAGAAGAAAAAUGCGAUUCACCGGUGAAGGCCGAGAAUGUCUCGAAGAUAUCACUGGUCUGCGCCGCCGACUGUGCCUUACACUACGGAGUAUCUCUGAGCAUAUGAAAAUCGUGAAAUCUCGUCAUUCUUGA